AUGCCAUCUCUAACUAAGAAGAAAAUAAUUAUACCACGACGUGUCCCGUCAGCCGUCAUCCCUAUUAGGAAGCCGGUUUUCAUCACGGCUGAUAAAACUACAUGUGUAGAAUGUCCAUGUUUUCCCAAGGAGGAUCGAUAUGUUAAGAAUAAGAAAAUUAAACCCCGCCAACAGACCCCUCUGACAUUAUACGAAUUGGCGGCAAAAGUCGUUGACGGCUUGACAUUGACAUAUGUAUUUGAUUGGUCGGAAUCUGACGUCGCAAGAUGGCUGGCUGAUGACAUAGGUUUACAUCAAUAUACGGAAUGUUUUUUAAAUAAUCACAUCAAUGGCAGACGACUUAUUCUACUGGAAGAUCCAUCGUAUUUGGCUCAAAUAAAUAUAAAAGACUUCGAACAUAUAAAGAUAAUAACAUCAAAAAUACGCAAAUUAUUCGACAUGGAAAUGAUAAGAUUCUCAAGAAAUAUGAAUUUACCUGAAAGAAAACCUUUGACCCUUUGUACCCUAUUCAAAUCUCGAACUGGACCUACAUGGGGGAUCAGACGGACGUGGAACAGAUGCGACAUUCUUCGUUGUAUGAAGAUACUAAUGCCGAAACCAGAAUAUCUGGAUCAUUGGGAUCGUGUAUGGUAUCAAAAACCUGAUUUACCGAAGGUCAAGUUCUGUAGGAUUGAGAAACCUUUUUCAAUUCCAUCUAAACACAUCCCCCACUACAAAGCUCAGCCAGAUGUCUGUCGGGAGAUUAUAGUCCCACGUAAAUUUAUCAUUCAAAUAGAGAUACCGGAAACCGAACAAUACAUAUGGAUGGAAAAGCGACCAGAACCAAUUACAGACGAUAAACCAAAGAUUAUAGAUAUAAAAACAAGAAAAUCGAGAUUCGCCAUUAAGAAGAUCAGCCUGACCGGCUUAAAAGGGAAAGAUCUGGUGCUCGCCAGACGAAAAAUGGCGAAACCGAAAUUUUUACCAUAGAAGGGUCACCUUCG